AUGCCUGCAGCUAAGAGCACGCCCACCCGACAGCGCCCCUCCCCAUCUCCGUCGCCGUCGUCUUCACGGUCGGCGUCCUCCUCGGCCCUGGAGAUCCUGUACAAUACGGCCGUCCAGGCGUUCGUGCGUCGAGAUCACGGCAAGGCCAUCUCGACGCUCCACAAGCUGCUCGAUCUGCUCGCUGCCAAGCCUGGUCCUUCGGGCGUGUGGUAUGAUCUCUCCGCUCCUGCAGCAGCAGGGGACGAGAAGGAGGUAGGGGAAUGGCGAGAGAAGGUCUUGAAGCUGUACAUCAGCUCGACGGUUUCGCUCUACUCCGACCCCAAACCUACCUCUUCGUCCGAGCUAGGGGAAGACAUACCGCGCCUUCUUCCCCCAGCCGCCCCGGACGUCCUUCUAUCUCACCUGCAGCGUACUUGCGCCUCCCACUCCUUUCCCUCAGAUACCACAUCCGCGAUCCUUCCCCCAUCGCUCAUAUCAACGCUCCUCCUCGCGGCGCUCAAGCUCCAGCCUGCUGGCCCAGCGCUGGACUUUGCGCAUCGUCUAGCGGAAGACUGGAUCUCGGCUCUACCGGAUGAAUUGCUUGAGCGGAUCAGUAGUAAAGACGGUGCCGGAGGGGAUGCGGGCGAGAGGAAGCGGACGGAAGGGGCGAGGGAGGGGUAUUUGAAGGUCACGGAGCUGUUUGUGGGGGAGGUGCUGGUCCGGGAGGGAGAGUGGGAGAUGGCGAGGGCAUUCUUGGAGGGGGAAGGCGUGAUGGGGUCCAAGCGAAAAGAGAAUCUAUACCGCCAUAUCCGCUCGGCCGAAUCACGGCCAAAGAACCGCUCGAAUCCAUCAUCCCCGUCCAGGUCCAUGAUGCUCCCUAGUCCAUCAUCAUCCGGUAUCCUCCCCUCCAAAUCCAUAUCGACCGCGUCGUCCCGCAAUGGCCGUUCACGCACCUCAUCGGUCUCGUCCAGCUCCAGCGAAGCUACCGCUCGACCCCACUCCGUCGUCGACCGCCUGGCUGUCCCUCGCAGGUCGGCUCGAGGUCGUGAUCGUGCCGUCGAGGGUAAGGCCAAGGCCAGCGCCGACGGGAGGGGCAGGACGGACGAAGCGGAGGACGAGAAGGAGGCGCUCGGGAGUCAGUCGACCAAAUCCAGCAUGCCCAGCACGCUAUAUAUUAACCACUCGCCAGCUAGCUCGUCCCGCGUCCCUCUCCGAUCUAGAGGUCAGCCGAUCCCUCGCUCAAACAAUACCCCGGCAACCCGGACAGGCGCAAGCUGGGAAUCCCUCCUCUCGCUCCUCCCCAAGUCGAUGCAACUCCGCGUUCGCCCCAUCGUCUCCAAUUCCUGGCUCCUCGCUGCCAUCAGCAUCCCCAUACCCCUUAUCGUCGUCCUGGCGACCAUCCUGAGCAUACGGCGGCGGAUCUUGAAGAAGCGGAACGAGCUGCUAGGGAAGGCAGUGGGGAAGGCGGCCGAGGUGGUGGUCACGGCGGGACAGAGCACGAUGGCGGUGGAUGCGAUGGCGGAUGUGAGGGCGAGAUUGAAGAGGACGAGGGAGAGGGGGGCGAGAGAGUGGAUGAGGGCCUGGUUGGGAUGGUGGAUGCGGAAGGUUAAGGGUAUUUGGAAGAUGGGGACGACGAUAACGUAUCUUUGA